AUGGACCCCCAGCACGACGACAUCCGCGACGACGCGCCUGCGCUCCGCGCCCACAUAGACUGGAAGCCCGCGCCCCCCGGCGCGGAGGAACAGGCGAAGGUCGACCAGCUGCGGGAGAAGCGGAAGCAGCGCGAGCGGGAGCACUUUCAGAAGCUGCUGGCGGCGCACCGGAAGCUGCGCGAGGCGCAGGAGCGCGAGAGGGAGGGCGGGUCGACGCGCCACAGUUCGACGAGGAAGAGGAGCCACAAGAGCCACCGCAGCAGGGACGAGGGGAAUGAGCGUAGGAAGAGUGGAAAGCAUUCGAGGGGUGUGGAGGGCGAUGACAAAGGCCAUGGCAACGGUGGCGACGACGAGGAGCGGCGCAAGCGCCGCGCUGCUAAAGCUGCUAGGCGCGCAGAGGGGUCCACUCAAGAUGCUCCUGGGCCCUCUUCUUCUCCCCGCCCUCGCGAGAAGGGCUCGAGGUCUCAGCAUAGCAACGACGUCGAGCGUCCUAAGCAUCGCUCCCGUCCCUCCACAAGCUCUGCCACGCACACAGACGAUGUAUCUCGGCCCUCCACAUCCACCUCCGCUGCGGCCCGAUCAUCCACCUCUGCUGCUGCCCGCCCAUCCACUUCGUCCUCUUCUCUGGCCGCUGCUCGCCUCUCGGUCGGGUCUACCUCCCUCUCAGUGGGCUCUACCUCCCUCUCAGUGGGCUCUACCUCCCUCUCAGUGGGCUCUACCACCCUUUCAGUCGGCUCUACCUCCGCACUCCGUCUGUCUUCAAUCUCCCAGCCCAGCACCAAUUCCUCCCAGUCUCGCCCCAGCGAGGACUCGCACGCCUCGCACGAGACCACUCAGUCGCGCGCUUCCCACGACACCACUCAGUCGCGCGCCUCCCACGCCUCCCACGAAACCCAUGCAUCGCACGACACCGCCGACUCCCGCACCAGCGACGACGUCCUCACCUCCGCCGAGGCGCGCGAGGAGCUCGACCGCGUGUUCUCGAUGGCGCCGCACCUGUCGAGCCUGAAUCGGAUGGGCAGCCGGUCGAGUGCGCUUAAUGAGAGUCGGUCGAGUGCGCUGAAUGCGAGCCUCGUGCGGGCGAAUACCACUGGGUCAGGGUCGAAUCUCGCCCGCUCGAACACCGCCGUGAGCACGAGCUCCCUCUCGACAAAGGACCCCGACACCCUCACUCGCUCGAACACCGACGCCGCUAGCACCCUCGCCCACUCCGACACCACCAGCGCACACACCAGCCCCUACCUCAUCCACCGCACGCCGCGCGCGCGCCCGGAGGGCGCGAUAUCGCGGUUCGCGGCGCGGCAUCCGGUAGAGGGCGCGGCGAGGCAUUUGGGGGAGGAAGAGAGGCCCGGGUAUGCGGGAGAGGGCUCGGGGGGAAACGCGGGAUAUGCAGGUUCGACUUACGGUGGAAGGGGAGGCGCGGCGGGUGGAGGUGGGUACGUCGGUUCGACCUACGGGGGCGGCGGAGGGUCGACGUACGCUCGCAGUAUCGCUGGAGGGGCGACCUACGGCGGUGGCGGGUCCACGUACGCUCGCAGUAUCGCUGGAGGGGCGACCUACGGCGGCGGCGGGUUCACGUACGGCGGCGGCUACGCAGGCGCGACCUACGCCCGGUCCUGCGGCACCCUCCUCGACCACCCCGGCCGCGCGUCGACCGACGGCGCCUACCAUCGGCCCCCUCCCGAGCGGCCCGCGCUGCACGGGGUGUACUCCGAGCGGCCCGCGCUGCACAGGGUGUACUCGGAGAGCGAUUUCUCGCUCCCGCCGGACCCGUUUGACGACGAGGAACCCUCCAUAACGAAGCGCAUCGUGGACAAGAUGCGCUCGAUCAGCAGCCUCAGGGCGCUGGCGAGGAAGGAUAAGCGCUUUUAA